CAAUUUUUCGCUUCUUUGUGUGGCAAUGAAGUUUGAAGCAUCUGCUUUAUAAAUUAAAGUAUGGAGAGCAAAUACAUUUUUGUAUUUUGGUUACUUGUUUUAACAGUUCAACGGUGCCAGUCGGAAUCACAUCGCCAUACUUUCACCGCCAACACAAACUUUGAUAAUCCUAAUAGAUGGUCAGAUGCAGAUCACGGGUAUCCGUGUGCUGGAGAUAAAAUUGAAUUUGAGGCCGAUAAAGUGAUUUCUAUUUUUGUACAAUCGGAUCUUACAAUAUCUGAAGUGAUAUUACCGAUGAACGGUGAAUUCGUUUUCGACGAUGAUGUGAACUGGGGAAUAAGCGAUGAAUUGGCACCUUGCGUCGACAAUGAUCACUCACACGUUGUUCAUUUCAUUUCGGACGCCGACGACUGGUUCAAGACAGGAAAUUGGGAAGCAUAUGAUGGAAAUCAAAAUCCGAUUAGUCGACAAGAUCUUCUGGAUAUUGAACAGGUUCCAUGCUUAUAUGAUGAUGUACAAUUCCUUACAUCUAAUUCGUUCACAACGGAACUUUCUGCCAAUACUCAAGUUCAAGGACUGUCGGUUUGGGAUAGGGUCCUGGAUUCCUCGGGAUUCGCUAACUAUAGAGUAGUGGAAGGCAAAUAUCAAUUCAUUGGAAGUGGGCAAGUUAAUAUUGACGAUUCUGGUUGCCAAGACGCUACUGGCUGCUCUUGUUUAAAACCCGACAAUGUGCAGGCCGCUUUCUCUCGUAUUUGUUCAAACAUGGAUUGCCCUACACCUUCCUGCCUAAAACCAAUAACUGCAGUUGGAAAUUGUUGUCCGUCAUGUGGAUCAAUGCUUAUUUUCAACUAUACCUCACCAUACACUGAGCAAGCCAUGAGAGACUUUGUGGAAAGUUUCAUGUCAAAACCCGAGUACAAGAGUUGCCAUGCAGCUAUUUCCAAAGUCACUUCCGACAUGGUUGCUAUUCAGCAAGAAAUUCUAGGAAAAAUGAUCGAUGAGUUCGACUCCGUUUUAUCCGUGAUUCGAUUGAAUGACCAAGAUAAGAUUCAAAUCCUAGUAACUGACGAAGAAAUAGGUUCUAAAUCUGGUGACAUUGCAAAGAAACUCGCUAAUGAAAUUUAUUCGGAAUUAACUUCUCCUGAUAAUUCUCUUGGUGUUUCUUCAAUAACAAUGCAGUCAUCUGGUCCAGGACAAGAUCGAAAUGGAGGACUGAAUGGUGGCGCUAUUGCGGGCAUUGUCAUCGGAACAUUGUUGGGAGUUUUGGUGCUGAUAGGACUUGCUUUAUAUGUACUACGAAGUGCUCCGUUACGAGGAAAGAAAUAUCGUUUAUCUUACACUCUCAACGACAAAGACCUGAACAACCGAGAUACUGAAAUGUUUCCAUCAGUCACUGAGGUGGGACCAGGACCAGAGUUUGAAAGUACUGAUGACAAUCCUAAUAACCCAAAAGCAGCACAAUUACAACAGGACGUUGCUAACAUAAGAAGCGUUUUGAACAGCGAUUUUGGAGUAUCGUUCGGAAAUCCAGCUUUUGAAGGAGACGAUGUAUAAUUUAUUUUUAAUCUUGAAUUCGAUAUUUAUGAACAUGAUGAAAGCGAAAAUGUGUUUUAUUUUAAUUGAGUCAUUCAAAUCUUUGUCAUAAAUAAAUGUAUAGUUUGAUUGAAUAUAAAAAAAAAUAUAGUUUUGCUCAUUUAGUAAUUACAGUCACAUAUAUCUCUAAUUAUAUUUUGCGUCACUGGUCCUCCCCAAUACCAGGACUUUGAUAAACG